AUGUUCAUCAUUUUCAUCACGAUAGUAUCUGCAUUGUAUUGUGAGGUUGGGCAAUACCUUGACCAAGAAACAGGCACAUGUACUCCUUGUAUUAACAAUUGUGCGACAUGCACUUCGGCGGUUAUGUGUAAUUCUUGUAUUGAAAGUGCCGACUCAGAGAACCCUUAUGUAAUGACUGAAACUUAUCAAUGUGUAACUCGACCGAAAGUAGAUAAGUGUAUAUCAUACAGUGGGCUGUUUUGUACACAGUGUGAUAUUCACUAUUAUUUGGCUCUUCCAGACUGUAAGACAUGCGGUGACAAUUGUAACUACUGUAAUUCACAAGAGUGCUUCCAAUGUGCGUCUGGGUACACAUUAGUUAAAAAUGGGAAGGCUUGUAUAGACUGUUCAUUACCAGAGAAUGACGCGGAGUGUGGUCGUUGCCCUUCAGACAAGUACUUUGAUGUGAAGUCGUUCACAUGUAUGUCCUGCAAAGACUUCUGUUCGAUGUGUUCGACAGCCACGAACUGUCUUUCCUGUUCUACUGGCUAUGCACUUAAAGACCCGACCAACUCCGAGUCUCCUUGUGUGAAAAUAGAAAACUGUGCUGAAGGGUUUACAUAUGGCGAUCAUUGUGAACGGUGCAACCCGUCAUAUUAUCUCAGUGAUGGGAAGUGUGCAAAAUGUGGGACUGAUUGUGCAGAGUGUAUAGAUGUCGAUACGUGCACCACGUGUAUCAAUUCAAAGAAAUUGGCACAAGGAACAUGCGUCGACUCCAUCCCACAUUGUUUCCGUUCAGAUAAUGUAAAUGGAUGCACUGCGUGUGACGAAGGGUAUUACAUAGGCGAAGGCUCUAUAUGUACACAAUGUGGGGAAACUUGUUCAACUUGUAUGUCAAAAGACUAUUGUUUCCGGUGUGCCAAGAAUUAUUACUUUGAUAAUACGGUGUCUGGGAAGUGUCUUUUAAAGGAAGACAAUUGCGUUGAAACAGAUCAAUAUGGGUGCUUGGAGUGUAAGUACAAUCAAGUUAAUAAUGAGCAAUGUGCACGUGAUGGGAUUAAAGAUUGUAUACAACAGAGAUAUGGCUAUUAUUUAGAAGCUACUAUUCAAGCCGAUGGGACUGUAGUUAAGUACACACAAAAGUGCCAACAGUGUAAUUCAAAUUGUCGAAUUUGUUCGUACAACAAAGAUUGGUGUACUGCUUGUAAUGAUGGGUAUGCCUUAGUUGAACGAAUCGAUCAAAAAGAGGCUUAUCGAAAAAUCACUGGACAGAUUGGGAGUGUGUAUUACUGUGAAGUGAAGCCUGCUUCCUGUAAGAGGACUGAGAUGGGAUAUUGUGUCGAGUGUGUAGAUGGGUAUUUCUUAAGUGAUGUCUCAUGUAUAAACUGUGAUGUCUCAUGUGGUUCGUGCACAACAAGUACUUAUUGUGUUACAUGUUCUGCAGCCAAAGAUUCUGAUGGUAAAAACAUAUAUUGGCGACCAAGCGAAUUAACAGAGAAAGAGGGUGAGGAAAAAGGAUAUUGUAUGAAGAUUGCAGAUACAUCUGCCGACUACGGGUUAAGUAGUUGUGCGCACAAUUCUACCAAUAUGGGGUGUACUCAAUGUAAAGAAGGGUACUACUUACAUAACAAUUAUUGUCGAUCGUGUCCAUUAGAUAGAUGCUUCAACUGUAAAGAGACUGGAGAAAUGAAUGGUACAGUCCCUUCAAUAGCUUGUACAGGAUGUAAUAAUAACACAUACUUAGAUGAAAGUUUGAACAGGUGCAUUUCCUGUGAUAAAAUAGACAAAUGCACUGAAUGUCAGUCUGAUGGAUGUUAUUCAUGUAGUGAUGGGUAUACACCUUCUCCAAAUAGAAAGGAGUGUACUAAAAUUAAUUUGGCGUUGAUCAUCCCCCUUUCUGUAGUAGGUUUAGUAGUGAUUAUUGCGAUUAUUAUAGCUAUCAUCGUGUUAAUUUGGUUACGUUUGAGGAGUGGGGAAAAGGAGGAGAAAAAGACCAUCCGACCCACGAAAGUUUCUUCUGAUAUUGAAAUGAGUCUUGCAAAGGCUGACAAUGCCAAUUUCAGGUUACAAGCCUCCACAUGGGACUUGGACUUCGGACAUAAAGGCGACAAACUCAAAGUUGGCGAGACGUACAAACAAGUCGUCAAACUGGUGAAUUUGUCCAAAACGGCGUACUUCUAUGAAAUCACGGCAACACCACACCACACGUUCGAACUCGAUAUCAACCCUAAAAGACAGACUUUAAAACCAAGUUAUGCAAUUGAUGUCACAUUCACUAUCAAGCCCCUUUGCACUGCUUUUAUUCAACAAGAUGUUGCGAUUGUGGCAAUGGGAAUGGAUCAAGAGGAAAAUGGUCAAGCAGCCAAAUUUGGUAUGAAAUUAGACACCGACGUGUCCAUCUACAUCGACUAUGAAGAAUUAAAGUCGAAUGCCGCGCCGAUUGGUGAAGGUGCGUUUUCAAUGGUAUUCAGAGGGAAGUACCGAGGAGAAGAUGUUGCUGUCAAGCAAAUGAAAGAGAAGAAAUUUACACAAGAACAAAAAGAAGCUUUUGAUCGUGAGGUGGCGCGUUUACACUCAUUGCGAUAUGAUGUGAUUAUUCGUCUUGUUGGUGCGGUGUAUACAGAAGAGCAUUUGGCUAUAGUCACUUCAUUUGCCGAAUUUGGGACUUUAAGUAAAUUCCAUGAGAAACAAGGGUUUCCACUUGUAUUAAAAGAAAAGAUUUUAGAUGACUUAGCUGCUGCAAUCCAUAUCUUACAUAACAACCAUAUCAUUCACAGAGAUAUUAAAGGAGAUAAUGUUUUGAUCUUCUCAAUAGAACCCCGGGCCUCUGUUUGUGCUAAACUGUCCGAUUUUGGGACAACUCGAGACAUCACAGAAAAGAGUUUGAAAGAACACGAAUUGACUCGAGGAAUAGGAACGCCAAAUUAUAUGCCACCAGAGUGCUUACAAAGAUUGUCAUAUGGCUUGCCAAUGGACGUCUUUGCUUUUGGUGUAGUGAUGUAUGAGACUUUUGUAGAACAUGGAGCGUAUGACAAUGACCCCAGAUUCACACAACCAUGGAAUAUCCCUCAAUUCAUCUCUGAAGGCAAUCGACUCGACAAACCAGACUUGGUCCCAGACUAUUACUGGAAACUCUUGACUUCGUGUUGGAGCCAAAAGGAAGAAGAUCGUCCUGACAUCGAUGCAGUCUUCGAAGCAAUCAACAAAUUCCCAUCUAACUUCCAGAAGAUUUCUUUGGAAAGCGUUUUCAAGCCAAUCGCUCAAAAAGAAUUCAAAAGAGUCGACCAGCAAGAAUCAGAAGAAUCAGAUGAGCAAUCUAUUCCCGACGAAAAAGAAAAGGAACAAGUACACAAAGAAGAGGACGUCGAUGAAAGCUCAUCAUCUUCUUCAGACGACGAUUAUGAAGAUGAGGAUUAUUAA